AUGCGUACUUCCUUUGCUUUGUCCGCUGUCAUCUCGUUGGCCACUUUCAGCACUGGCGUUUUGGCUACUCCUCCAGCGUGUCUAUUGGCGUGUGUCGCGCAGGUCAACAAGAAAUCGUCGUCGUGCAGCGCUAUGAACGACGUGGCAUGUGUUUGCGAGAAUGAGAGCAGCAGCAUCCAGAGCUGUUUGAACUCGGCGUGUCCUGAAGGCCAAGCCGAUUCCGCUUACUCGGCUUUCAAGAGCUCCUGUUCCGAGCAAAACGCUUCAGUAAGCUCGGCCAGUUCCAGCGCCUCUAGCAGUGCUUCCUCUUCUGCCUCCAGCAGUGCUUCUUCUUCUGCCUCCAGCAGUGCUUCUUCUUCCGCCUCGAGCUCCGUUGCUUCUUCUUCUGCCUCCAGCAGUGCUUCGUCUUCUGCCUCGAGCUCCGUUGCUUCGUCUUCUGCCUCGAGCUCCGUUGCUUCGUCUUCUGCCUCGAGCUCCGUUGCUUCUUCUUCUGCCUCGAGCUCUGUUGCUUCUUCUUCUGCCUCGAGCUCUGCUGCUUCUUCCAGCUCUGCUGCUCCAUCUUCCAGCUCUGCUGCUCCAUCCGCCAGCUCUGCUGCUCCAUCCUCCAGCUCUGCUGCUUCAUCCUCCAGCUCUGCUGCUCCAUCCUCCAGCUCUGCUGCUUUAUCCUCCAGCUCUGCUUUCUCCAGCUCCGCUGUCCCAACCUCUUCCAGCGUUGCUUUGAGCUCCACUACUUCUAUCUCAACUUACGCCCCAUCUUCCUCUUCCUCCUCCGUUUCUAUCGUUACUCAAACCGGUGCUGGUAACAUGCUUGAAGUUGGUACCGGCUUGGUUGGUGGUUUGAUGAUCGCCGGAAUGCUGUUAUAA